AUGUGUGAGCUACUCUGCUACUGCUUCCGCGGCCGACGUGGCUGUGGGCAUGUCUACGCCUACCACCUUCAACGCUGCCACAUCUCAUUCUCGCGUCCUGAUCAGUCCUUCUGCGAUGCCCCAAAUGGCCGCACUCGCGAUCUUCCUCGGCGCGUCUAUGCAGCCGAUGACAACAAGCCCGGCCCAUGUCCCGCAUGCCGUGGUGACACGCCCCCGAGUUCAGAGGGCUCGGAGAUUGGGUUUGUGGCCUAG